AUGACCAUCCUCCGCGUUGGAAUCAUCGGCUGCGGUGAAAUCACCCAAGUCGCCCACAUCCCAACCCUGGGCUUCCUAUCCGACAAAUUCCAAGUGACAUACCUAUGCGAUGUCUCCGACAAUGCGCUCGCGCACUGCGCCCAGAAGGUGAUCGGAGCCACUCCCCAAACAACCCGCCAAGCAGAAGACCUCUGCGCCUCACCGGAAGUAGACAUUGUCAUGAUCGCCAACAGCGACGCCUUCCAUGUCCCGCACGCCCUCCUAGGCCUGAAGCACAACAAGACCGUCUUCAUCGAGAAGCCAAUGGCUCUCUCACUCGCUGACGCAGACCGUAUCAUCGAGCUGGAGAAACAGUCUUCUGGUAAAGUGAUGGUCGGGUAUAUGCGUCGGUAUACGAGCGCGUUCAUCGACGCGGUCUCGGAGAUUGGUUCUCUUGAUCAGGUGCACUAUGCGCGCGUGCGGGAUAUUGUUGGUCCCAAUUCGGACUUCGUCGGUCAGUCGGGUACUUUCCCCAAGGUCUUUAGCGACUACAGGAAAGAGGACUCUGAGGAAUUGGCUUCCAAGACCGCAGAGUUUUUGGAACAAGGGUUGACGAAGGAACUGGGUAUUGAGGUCAAUGCUGAUACGGCGAAUCAGUGGAGGAACCUCGGUAGUUUGGGAUCUCAUGAUCUUAGUGCUAUGAGAGAAGCACUGGGGAUGCCAAAGGGCGUUCUUGGUGCUUCGCUGUGUUCUGCAAAAGGGCCCCAGUUCUGGAGUGCCUUGUUCCAAUUCCCCUCCUUUGCGGUAUCUUAUGAGUCUGGCAUUGAUGAGGUGCCGCGUUUUGAUGCCUCAAUUGAGGUUUUCGGUGGCAAGAAGACUGUCAAGGUCUGCUUUGACUCACCUUAUGUCAAAGGCCUGCCUACCACCAUGCACAUCCGUGAAAAAAUGGACGACGGAUCAUUCCGCGAGUCUAUGGUGAGAAAAACUUAUGAAGAUGCUUACACUCUGGAGAUGAAGGAGUUGUAUGCGCUUGUUGCUGAGGGUAAGUCAGCCAAGACUACCUCUGAGGACACCAAAAGGGACCUCGAGAUAUUCGGCAUGAUCAUGAAGGCUGGUCUAGAGGGACAGGCUAGGUUCAACAAGAACUAG